CUUCAGUGAGACGCUUGGUGGAAAUGCAAUUGCGGAGAGCAAGGGGGCAUUGCUGUAGUGCGUUAUGGUUUUAUGGAUUAUUUCUUUCAACAAAUAAUUGCCAAAGUGGCAUAAACCCAAAAGAUUCAGUGUAAUAAACACCGUCGGAGACUUGGAGUUGAUUGUCAGGCGGUGAGAUGCUCACACUCCUGUGGGACAGGUAGUGGAUCACCGGGUUAGCGCACUAUCUCGCUGUCACGAAAAAGCAGUACAAGUUCUUUUUUAUUCUCUUUAUGCUGGUAAAUGAUAGAAACUGCCUGUGCGAGAGAUGGCUUCGAUAGAAAGGAGAGUCAAAAGGCAUUUGUGUUGAAUUAUAACUUUGGAGGUGAAACACUUGGAGUCGGGGGAAUCGUACUUUGGGAACUGUGAGGAUGUCAUUGAAGGGUGCUGUGAACUCCAUCAGGGUUGGUGUGGAGGGAAUGACAUGCAACUCCUGCGUGCAGAGCAUUGAACAGAAGAUUGGGAGUCUGCAGGGUGUGCACAAUAUACAGGUGUCUUUGGAGCUCAAGGAGGCCACUGUGAUAUUUGACCCCGGCCUGCAGAGUCCAGAUUCUCUGAGAGAGGCCAUAGAUGACAUGGGGUUUGAGGGCAGCAUCUCAGAAAAGGACACGGCCAUCUCCACGGAAACCAAGUUUCUCUCCCUUCCAGGGUUGCCACCUGAGGUUCUAAAGCAGGCCCAGAAGAAACUGUCGCAGUUAAAAGGUGUUCUUGAAGCCCGGGAAACUCCAGGGCAGAAGGGAUUCUCUGUGACACUAAUCCCGGCGCUUGUAAAUUCAGGUCAGAUUGAUGAGGUAAUUCAGAAACUGACUUUGGACAGAACACCUGAGCCUCUGGAAGAGCCCAUGAAAAGCCAGGCUUGCGAUGUUAUGGUGAAACUGCGGAUUGAUGGCAUAGUUUGUGUGUCAUGCACAACCACCAUUGAGGGGAAGAUUGGAAAACUCAAUGGGAUACAGAAAAUUAAAGUUUCCUUGGAUUCUCAGGAAGCAGCUGUGCUUUAUCAACCCCACCUCAUCACGGUAGAUGAAAUCGUGAACCAGAUAGGCUUGGCUGGUUUCAAAGCCUUUGUCAGGAGCAAGCCCCGUCCACUUAAGCUGUCGCUCAGUGAAGUGGAGCGUCUUGUCAGCACUCCUUCCUCGGACCAUGCACCCUUCGAAACCAAAGCAGAGAGCGCAAUGGUCCUGUUCGGUGUCCGCGGGAUGCACUGCAAUUCUUGUGUCAUCAACAUCCAGAGCAACAUAGCCAAACUUCCAGGAGUGCUGAGCGUGGAGGUGUGUUUGGAAAAGGAGAGUGCUUUAAUUCACUAUAACCCUGGACUCAUCUCUGUGAAGCAGCUCAGAAGUGCCAUCGAGUCCCUCCCACCAGGAAACUUUAAGGUGGAAACUGACUGUGAUGGCUCCCCUGCAUCCACAUCCCUGCCCCAGGCCACUACCCCUAACAGCAAGCCCCUCAUGCCAGUGUGUGUGAUCCACAUUGAGGGGAUGACCUGUGGCUCUUGCGUGCAGUCCAUCGAAGCCAUGCUGUCUCAGCGAGAGGGAGUGAAGUCUGCGCAGGUGUCACUGGCCAACCACAGUGGGACAUUUGAAUAUGACCCUCUGCUGACAAACCCAGAGGAGUUAAGGAAAGCCGUAGAGGAUAUGGGCUUUGAUGCUUUUCUCCCUGAGACAAAUUCAUUAGUGGAGCCCUUUGAACCGAUAACCCCCAGCAGAGCAUUGCUCAGAGACGGGGAUGAGGAGAAGGACUCCAGGGCCACACAAGGCGCCAAAGGAGGGUCACAAACUCCAAUGAAGUGCUUCAUCCAGAUCGGCGGAAUGACUUGUGCCUCCUGCGUAGCCAACAUUGAGAGGAAUCUAAAAAAUGAGCACGGAAUUUAUUCUGUUCUGGUGGCGUUAAUGGCUGGAAAAGCGGAAGUGCGGUUUAAUCCUGAAGUCAUCGACCCUCCAGAGAUUGCCGAGCUAAUCAAAGAUAUGGGCUUCACAGCAUCUGUUAUCGAGAACUAUGAUGAAUCAGAUGGCAGCGUGGAGCUUGUUAUUAAAGGAAUGACCUGUGCCUCCUGUGUCCACAAAAUAGAAUCCACUUUAAUGAAAACCAAAGGAAUAGAUUAUGCCUCAGUUGCACUUGCAACAAACAAAGCACACGUGAAAUAUGACCCAGAAGUGACUGGACCACGUGACAUUAUUAAGUUAAUAGGGGAUUUGGGAUUUGAGGCUUCAUUAGUGAGGAAAGAUCAAUCAGCAAGUCAUCUAGACCACAGUCAAGAAAUAAGACAAUGGAGGAGGUCCUUCUUCAUAAGCCUAAUAUUCUGUGUUCCUGUGAUGGGGAUGAUGAUCUAUAUGAUAAUCAUGGACCAUCAGGUCCUUAGUGACAGUCACCACAAUGUCAGUGACAUUGAGAAGUACCACUCCACUAUGUUUCUGGAGAAGCAGGUCCUGCCUGGUCUCUCAAUCAUGAAUUUAAUCUCUUUCCUCUUCUGUGUUCCUGUACAGUUUGUGGGAGGCAGAUAUUUCUACAUUCAAGCAUAUAAAGCAGUAAAGCACAAGACAGCCAACAUGGACGUGCUGAUCGUCCUCGCUACCUCCAUUGCCUUUGCAUACUCCCUGGUGAUACUCCUUGUUGCCAUGAUUGAAAAGGCCAAAGUGAACCCCAUAACCUUUUUUGACACUCCUCCAAUGCUUUUUGUAUUCAUUUCACUGGGGAGGUGGAUGGAGCAAAUAGCAAAGAGUAAAACUUCAGAGGCCUUAUCAAAGUUGAUGUCCCUGCAGGCUACAGAAGCUACUGUUGUCACGUUGAAUGAAGACAUGUCUGUGUUGAGUGAGGAACAGAUUGAUGUUGAGCUGGUGCAUCGUGGGGACAUUGUCAAAGUGGUUCCUGGGGGCAAAUUCCCAGUGGAUGGACGGGUUAUUGAAGGCCAUUCCAUGGCAGACGAGUCUCUUAUUACAGGGGAAGCCAUGCCUGUGACAAAGAAACCAGGCAGCUCUGUAAUUGCUGGCUCCAUCAACCAGAAUGGCUCCCUGCUCAUCCAGGCCACACACGUGGGAGCAGACACUACCCUGUCCCAGAUUGUCAAGCUUGUGGAGGAAGCACAGACCUCCAAGGCACCUAUUCAGCAGUAUGCAGACAAAAUCAGUGGAUAUUUUGUUCCCUUCAUCGUUGCGGUGUCGGUCCUAACCUUGUUUGCCUGGAUUGUGAUUGGAUUUGUAAAGUUUGAGCUGGUAGAAAAAUAUUUUCCAGGAUACAACAAGAGCAUCUCACAGUCAGAGGUGGUGAUCAGGUUCGCCUUCCAGGCCUCCAUCACCGUGCUAUGCAUCGCCUGCCCUUGCUCCCUGGGCUUAGCAACGCCAACUGCUGUGAUGGUUGGCACUGGUGUUGGGGCACAGAAUGGAAUCCUCAUCAAGGGUGGGGGACCCCUCGAAAUGGCACAUAAGAUCAACACCGUGGUGUUCGAUAAAACUGGCACUCUCACAUAUGGCACUCCGAAGGUGGUUCAAGCCAAGAUUCUGGUGGAGGGGAACCGGAUGCCCUGUUCCAAGCUACUGGCCAUUGUGGGGACUGCUGAAAACCACAGUGAGCAUCCGCUGGGAGCAGCCAUCACUCAGUACUGCAAACAGGAGUUGGGGACAGAGUCUCUGGGAACUUGCACAGACUUCCAAACUGUGCCUGGCUGUGGAAUCCGAUGCCAGGUCAGUAAUACGGAGAAGCUGCUGAACCGCUUGGAUAGCGGUGAGGAAGAGAAGAAUUGCCAGAAUGCACCUCUGGUGCAGAUUGAUGGCAGGAGCAGCACUGUCAAGCACCCUCUCAAUCUGGACUCUGAGCCUUCAUCCAUGGGACAGUCCAAGCCCUACACAGUCCUGAUCGGAAACAGAGAGUGGAUGAGGAGGAAUGGUCUCCAAGUCAGAAGAGAGGUUGAUGAAACCAUGAUUGAACACGAAUGUAAAGGGCGCACUGCUGUCCUCGUGGCAGUUGAUGGCUUGCUUUGUGCAAUGAUAGUCAUCGCAGACACUGUGAAGCCUGAAGCAGAGCUGGCCAUCUGCUCUUUGAUGUCAAUGGGUCUGGAAGUGGUUUUGAUGACUGGGGACAACAGUAAAACUGCAAAGGCCAUAGCAGCUCAGGUGGGCAUCAGGAGGGUGUUUGCAGAGGUGCUCCCCUCUCACAAGGUGGCGAAGGUGGAACAACUGCAGAAGAUGGGCAAGCGAGUGGCCAUGGUUGGGGAUGGAGUGAAUGACUCCCCUGCUCUGGCCAUGGCAGAUGUGGGCAUUGCCAUCGGCACGGGCACCGAUGUGGCCAUUGAAGCAGCAGACGUUGUACUAAUCAGGAAUGAUCUUCUGGAUGUGGUUGGAAGUAUUGAUUUAUCUAAGAAAACCGUCAAAAGGAUUCGGAUCAAUUUUGUUUUUGCCUUAAUUUAUAAUCUUGUUGGAAUUCCCAUUGCUGCUGGUGUGUUCCUCCCCAUUGGACUAGUUCUUCAACCCUGGAUGGGCUCAGCUGCUAUGGCUGCUUCAUCUGUGUCUGUGGUGCUGUCUUCACUCUUACUCAGAUGUUACACCAAGCCAACAGCCGAGAAGCUGGAGUCACGGCUUCGAGGCAGAAUGCAACACAGCCCCUCUGACAUCAGCGUCCACAUUGGCAUCGAUGAGUGGCGGCACAAUUCUCCCAAGCUCAGCCUCUUUGAUCGCAUCGUGAACUACAGCCGAACCUCCAUCAGCUCCCUGAGGUCAGACAAGCGCUCCCUCAACAGCAUGGCCAUGCACGAGCCCGACAAACACUCUCUGCUGGUGGCUGAUGGCCGCUGCGAUGAAGAGACUGCGUGACAGCGCCAGGGGGACUCUGGUGCCCCAGAGCUCCACUUCUCCACAUCCUGCACAUCUUGCUUCAGGGAAUCGGACAUCCAAGCAAGGGGCGCAGACAGUCAUUCCAUGGCUUUCACUCCAUAUUGGGAAUAGUGCUUUGAUUAUUUUUCAGAGGCACUUCAGUGUCAGGUGUUUUAUGUUAUAUUGCUGUGUACAAAUUUGAAUUUUUAAGCAUAAUUUUUUAUAUUUUUUUCUAAACUUAUGUUGAGUGAUUAUUAGCCUUAAAGUACUGCUGUACUACAUCAAAAUAUAAAUGCACCCAGUAUGUCCUUCGUGAAAAAGCACAUGCUGGGUUCAUAUACAGGCAGCAGGUGCACGUAUGGAGAGAGCACAGACACAGGCUUAGAUGGAAAAAGUGAACACCCGCUUAGUGGCAAUUUCUAACAAUGAUUUUAAGAUUUUAUAAAAUAAAAUAUUACAGGAUGCCUUUUUAAUUACUUGAUUAAGGAAAAAAAUGUGAAAACCCCAAUAACUAAGAUCUAAAAAAUGGUGUUACAAAGUUCAGUAAUAUUAAAUAUCAUAUUCAGUUUAUCUCGUACAAAAUAUUGUUAAAUAUAAAAAAAAACACAUUUUAACAGUUUGGUUUGUAAUGUGCACCACGUCACUGGCCUUGCAGACUUGGAAUUUAUUUUCAAAUGUAAAGUGAAUGUGUUCACCUUGGUGAUCCUCAUGUAGUAAUACUCCAUGGCAUAUAGCCACCAUACAGUUAAGUAGUAUACUUCUUAGUGCAGGGGUUGUACAGGUCACAUAAGAGUAGCAUUUACAGUGUCUGAGUGUUACACUUGUAACUUACUGUACUUUGUGCCUACUGUUUUCUUGCUUUUCACAAGCACCAAAAAAAUUAAAAUGCCUAUUCUGUAACUAUUGCAAUUAUAGUCAUUCCAAAGUUGCAGACAUCAAUCAAAGUGUAUAUAAUCGUUUUGUAGGUAGAUUCAAUGAUAAAUUAUUCUAUAAGUCCCUUUGUAAUCUAUAAUUAUUCUAUAAGUCCCUUUGUAAUAUUUUUUUCUUAUAUUAUGAUUUAUAAAUGCCAAAACGUCAUCUACAAAUAGCUAUUUAUUCAUCUGAAUUACUAGUUAUAAUGAAAUUGUUAAAAAAAAGUUUCUAUAUGCACUGCUUAGUUAUUGAAGGACAUUGCAAAUAAACAUUGCAUUUGAAAACAAGUAACAAGUAGUUUGCUUGUGUUGUCUGAAAUACCACUGUUUGUGAUUAAUAAGUAAAAUUUUGACUAUCA